AAACAAAUGGAUUCCCUUAACAACGGAUGGUUCAGCGAACUGCAGGCCGAUCUCUGGCCUGGUCAGUCCUUCUCCCUGAAAGUCAAGGAGGUCAUCCACAAGGAGAAGUCCAAGUUUCAGGACAUCCAGAUCGUUGAAACGUCCCUAAAACGUAGAUUGUAGAAAUCGAAAAUUUUCCACUGGCUUUACAAAUACAAAUUGCCCAGACAGCAUUUUCGGACCCUUUGGUUUUCGUGUGUUUAUUCUUGAUCUGCACCAACAGCCUUAUCGAUGGAGUCAUCUAAGGCCAAAAACGAAAGAAAGAAUACUGAUAGCAAGUCAGCUCGUAUUUCAGCGAAACGUAUGGAAGGUGCCUGAUUCUGGACGGAAUCAUCCAGUGCACUGCCAGGGAUGAGUUCUCGUACCAGGAAAUGAUAUCCUUCCUGCCCCUCUGCGCCCAUCCGAAUCCCAAGAAGGUCCUGAUCGUGGGCGGUGGCGAUGGCGGCGUUGCUCGCGAAGUUGUCAAGCAUCCCCUGGUCGAGGAAGUGCAUCAGGUGGAAAUCGACGACCGUGUCGUCGAGCUGUCCAAACAAUACCUUCCGGCGAUGGCCUGUGGGUUCGCCAACGAGAAGUUGAAGCUGACCAUUGGCGAUGGAUUUGACUACAUGAAGAAGCAUAAGAACGAAUUUGAUGUCAUCAUAACCGAUAGCUCGGAUCCAAUUGGUCCGGCAGUGAGCCUGUUCCAGGAAAGCUACUACGAGCUAAUGAAACACGCCCUGAAGGAUGACGGAAUCGUGUGCUCCCAGGGCGGUAGCUUCUGGCUGGAUCUGGACUACAUAAAGAAGACAAUGUCGGGCUGCAAGGAGCACUUCGCUAAGGUGGCCUAUGCCGUCACCUCCGUUCCGUCCUAUCCCUGCGGCCACAUUGGCUUCGUCAUGGGUUCCCUGAACAAGGACCAGGACUUUGCUACUCCCAAACUUGGAAAGUCCGAAAUCGAUGCCUUAGAUCUUAGGUACUACUCCUCAGAGGUUCAUUCCGCCGCCUUUGCCUUGCCUCGAUGGGUGCAGAAGCACUUUUACGAAUGACCUAAUUGCUUAAAGAUUCUUGUGUAUCCGUUUGUUAAAAAUAAAUAUGACAAUAAUACAA